AUGUACUUUGAAACUGACCCUCUGUUCUUCGUUGAGCAAGGACAUGGACCCAAGAACUGUGCUAAGCUGUGUAGGUCUCUCCUGCUCCACAGAAGCCACCAAUUUGUGAUCGGCUGUCCUCUUCAGAACGUGGCAGGCCACCAUAUUAGGUAAGUAUUCACAGGCCUAGUUGAGAAACUGCAGGUGGUAGUGCCAGGAUUACCUGCGAAGGGAUGGGGGCAGUGAACUCUGUGAAGGUGUCUACCUCUAAUGAAAUAUAAGAUGGAUCGGCCACCUCCCUCUCCUCCUUGCUGUCUUGUAGGCAGUGAGGCUACCUCAGCAGAGAGCUGCCAAAAGUGAUCAGAGUAUUCUUCAAAGUGCUAUAUUAAAGAGCUCACCAUAUUGUGGAGUAGCAAUAAGGAGAGUUGUUGUGAGAAAUUCAGGCAAAGUCCAGUCAAUUAGUUAAAAAAGUGUUUUUUCUCACAGAGCUCACAUGUUGUGUGUCUUAAUUGCACCCCCCCUGCCCUCCUCUUGGCUCUUAUUUUUUCUGUUUUUCUAAUGUUUUUUUAAAGGUGCAUUAAAGAUUAAAUAGAGACACAAUCUUUUUUAUAAUUAGCUUAACUAUAUUGGUAAAAAAAUAUAUUUAAUAAUAAACCAUUGAGAUACUUCUAGUCUUAGUUUGACACAAUAUUUUAAAUGCAUUAUAACGAUAAUGAAAUAAAAUAUAUUGUCAACAUAUUUAAUUAGUUUCAUUAAUAAUAUUACAAUGUUAAAGAAAUAAAGUUGCAUUACUUUGAAUUUGUCCUUUAGAAUACAACUUUCAGGAGCCACUCAUUCUGGUCUUGCCAGCAGAGAAUUAUGGGAUAAGUAGUUUUUCCCCAAACAGCAAAACUGAUAACACAAUGUUUCCCUGAAUCUUAGGCAUUAUGCACCUCUCCUUCUCCUGGGCAUGUGCAUCAUGAUCACAAUGUCAGAAAAGGUCUGUGUUUCUGUUCCAGGUUGUUCCAAGGCCGGGUGAUUGGAGGGGUGUAUAACAUCAGUAACAAAGGCCCGUAAUGGAACUGGUCCUAGUGACCCUGUUUUAUUGUAGUGUCCUGUGGUCACACAAGCUGACCGUGAAGACCCUGCAGUCCUCCAUUUAUCCAAGACCACCAAUACUGAAGAAAGUGACCUGUUAAGGUGA